AUGGAGUUUCUCAAGUUCAGCGUCAAGCCCAGCACGAGUUUCCACGGCACGAUUUUGUUCAAGUUUAAGAGCACGAGCGACGCGGAGCCCAAGACGACGUACGCGGUUGAGAUUAAUAACGACCAGCGCGUGGUGACGCGUAAGAAUGUGGACGCUAGAGACGUGCAUUCCACGUGCGACGUGACGAUCUCGAUGGAUGACUUUUUGUGGAUCUACUCGGGCAAGGCAUCGAGCUCGGACCUCUUGAAGCUCUUUUAUGCUGGACGCGUGGCUAUCAGUGGCUAUGCGUUCCGGAGCGUGUCCAAGUUUGCUCAGAGCUUUGAUUUUUCGUCGGAAAAGUGGUGUAGUUUUUAUGCCUGGCAGAAGGCGCACGAUCAGGAGAACGACGAUAGUCGUGCACUGGGCCUUAUUGAAGAGGGGAGGAGUAUUGGUGCGCCAUCGAGAAACGACUGGUUUUUACGUGCACGGACGAUGUUGGACAGCUGCAAUUUGAGCAGGUUGCAGCAAUUGCUGUGGGAGACAUCGCUGACGCACCUUUUCGGCGAGAAGAUUGUUCUGGACAGCAUGCGGCGUGCAUCAGUACGCGACAGGAAGAGUGCUGCUGGUAGAUGUAGUGCUGCGGCAAGUGUCAUGGGAGAUGCUGGACCAGUGUCAGCAGUACUGAAACGACACACGACAGGUGCGAUGAUACCAGGUCAGCUUCACUAUGGUCGAGAACAACGCGCGGUGUUGACGCGCUUUUUGCAUCCUUGUAUGAAACAAUCGGCCGUUGUGGCAAAGGCGCUUGCGCUAGGCAACCCAAAGCAAACGGCGGGCGUGAUUUUCGACUUCGUGAACGAGGAUUACGUCGGAGACGUGAAGCGUUACGCCAAGCAGCGUCAACAGCGCCGCCACUACCGCAACCGCGUCGAUCUUGGUGAUGCCGGUAUGGCGCAAUUGGACAAGCUAGUACAGGUUAUCGGUAAGGGUGGCCACUCGAAUCAAAAGUGGGAUAACCGGUCCAAGUACGUGCCUGCACCCGAGCGACUUUUGCGUGAGUUUCGAGUCAACGUGGCAUCGCUCAUGGACACUGUAAAAGAAAAAGCUUCAGGUCGUAAAGCUCUUCGCAAGAUUCCCGCGCCGGAAAUGGACUUUCUAGUGCGUAAUGGCCGCUCCGGCAGCAUGGUGGUUGCAGAUAGCAGUAGCAGUCUUGGAAAAAGGACGACUGCGGAGCAGCCAUUAUCUGCUAUUUCCGCAUUGCCGAACUUGCCCCAGAGCUUUAUCGUGGAAGUGAAUCGAGCCAAAAUUGCUCGCAACCGAAAGCGCUUUGACGUACCGAAGCGGCGCCUCAAAGCCACGUUUGCCUCGAUUUCCCGCGAGCUAGCGAACCAGAAGAAUCCUGUUGCGACGCAUUUUGACGAACAUCUGGUAUUUUCAGAUUACCUGUAG